AUGUUGUUGCAUUACGUAGGAGAAGAAACUUGUGAUGUGUUUGAGACCCUUACCGUUCCAGAACCGUCGGAAGGAAGUGACGAAUAUAAGACUGCCGUGAAGGCUCUUGCUCUUCAUUUCGAGCCUCAAAAGUGUGUGGAUUAUCACGUCUAUGCCUUUCGUCAGGAAACGCAAAAAUCUGGUGAAAACAUUAUCGAGUUUUACACACGUCUCCAGCGGUUAGCACGCAAGUGUCAAUUCGCCGAUCCCGAACUGGAAAUUAAGCGGUAGAUUAUUCAAGCAACCUUAUCGCUUCGCCUGAGACGUAAAGCAAUCGAACAGAGCCUCAAUCUUGAGAACUUAUUGAAAGUAGCUCGCGCCAUGGAAACCGCCCACGAACAGACCACUGAGAUGGAGAAACAGCAAUCCAGCGCAGUGGGCUAUGGUAGAAAUAAAGCAACCCACGUUCAGCAGAAAGAGAAUUCUCGUGGUCUACCAAAGUCUGGAUUGCGUAACAAUAAGUGUGGUUUAUGUGGUGGAAAUUACCCACAUCAAGGA